AUGACUCAAAACGAAAAACAGUUUCUGGCAAAAAAAAACAAGAUACGUAAAGUUCUUAUAUUCAACUGUGAUUAUCCAAAAGACUACCUAGUUGACGAUUAUGGCGAUUAUGCUGAUAUGGGCAUUAGGUUAUUAUCAACUGCAGACCAAGAUAAAUAUGUUGAUAAGUACGAAAAAAUCAAUGUCAUAAAUAAUGAAUUACCCAACGAAUUAUCUGCUGAUAUUAUUGGGAUUUAUAUCACUGGUUCCCACUAUGACUCUUUUAGCACUGAACACGAGUGGAUUAUUAAAUUAAGAUCAUGGCUAUCUAAUUUUUUUUCUAAUAAAGAAACAUCAUACUAUAAUCGAAUUCCAAUUGUAGGGGUUUGUUUUGGACACCAAAUUAUUGCCUGUAGUUUGGGCUGCAAAGUUAUACGGAAUCCAAAAGGGUUUGAAGGUGGUGUAAUUAACGUGGAGUUGGACAGUAAAGUUGGAAAAAAAAUAUUUGCAGGUUUAGAUACUUUGAGGUUAAAUUUAUUUCAUAAUGAUAUUGUAGUAGAGAAACCCACUGAGUUUCGUUCUUGGGGCAGUACUAAUAAAUGUCAAUAUCAGGGGUUUUAUUCGGAAAACAGGAUUUUGACAGUCCAAGGCCAUCCCGAAUUUAGUAACGCUAUAAAUGAAAAAUUGUUACAAGUAGCUAAAAAAGAUGGAAUGUUAAACGACGAUGAGUAUGAAAACUUGUUAGAUACUUUAAGAAUGGAAAGUCAAGGAGCGCUUUUUGCACAGUACAUUUUGAAAUUAUUCAAAGGUGAAAUCUGA